UCAUUCUGGUGAAGAAGUAGUCCGUGUAUUGAUAAGAUUAUUUGUGUGGAUAUUAUAUCAGUUGUAUCCAUGUGUAGUGGUUUUCUUUUCAUGUCAUUCAUGCAUCUGUUAUGGUCUAUCAAUUCCUUUAAUACUGAAAAUUCACCCAGCUAUUAACGAUUAAUGAAAACUGCCGUUGGUCCAGGUAACAGUUGCAGACAGCCAUGACUGGUUUAGCACCCGUUUGUAAAACAAUGGCACACUUAAUUUAACAGAUUGAAUAUUGUUAACAAGCAGUUUGAAAUGAAAUGCUGAAUUUAGCAUUUUAGUGCAUGCCAGUAAAAAGGCUGUGUCACACUGCAGAACAUUAAUGAAUGCUCACUGUUGUUUAUCUGGUGUGUUUAAAUCACUAAAGGUCAGUGGAAGGUGAACUAGUUCAUUAUUAGAGUAAGAAAAUAGUCCUGCAGAUGUUUACACACUGAGGAAAGUAUCAGAUGAAAUAUUUGUGCUUUUAACUCUUCUGCAUCAUUUAAAGCUGAAGUUAGAGCAGAUGUGAACUUCAAAAGGCAAUUUUUACUCGAAGUGUAAACAUUGAGGAAAAACCUACACCAAUCCAUAGGCUCGUACUUGGAGGAAACAUAUUUAUAAUAACUUGGACAUUAUUUUUAUAGAGUUGGGCCAGUUUUUCUGUCCCUAAUUAUGGUGUAUCCAUUGGGUUAUUUGCUGAUGUCAUGGAGUGUGGCAUCGUAUUUUUAUAAAGCCAGAUAUGGAGUCUGCAAGCACUUCCAGGCAGUUGUCAGAUGUAAUAUCUACUCAUGUCCUAGGUUGUCUAGGACCUGAGGUUUCCCUCCAGUCCAUUAUGCCUCCAGCAGAGGGUCAUCUAUAGAGGAUGCUCGAACCAUAUCAUCUGGCUUCUUAAAUUGUGGAGGAGCAGCUGCUAAAUGGAGUGGUCCCCUCACACUGUUGAGCAUCAAGCAGGAGCUGAAGCUGUCUGAGCCAGCAGUCCAGAUGAAGAAGGACAAAAAAGCAGUUAAGGACCUGAUGGCGUGCACCAAGAAGAAGAAAAGGAAGCAACGUUCACCAGCGAAGAUACUCAGCAUCAAUGAUGAUAGAUCAUUGGGCAUACAAAACCCCAAAUGCCACGUCUGUGUUCACUGUAAUGCAGCAUUCAGAACCAACUAUCAUCUGCAGAGGCAUGUCUUCAUUCACACUGGUGAGAAGCCAUUUCAGUGCAGCCAGUGUGACAUGCGCUUCAUUCAGAAAUAUCUUCUGCAGAGACAUGAGAAGAUCCAUACUGGUGAAAAGCCUUUUCGCUGUGAUGAGUGUGGGAUGAGGUUCAUCCAGAAGUAUCACAUGGAGAGACACAAGAGGACUCAUAGUGGAGAGAAGCCCUACCAAUGUGACUACUGUCACCAGUACUUCUCCAGAACAGACCGUGUUUUAAAGCACAGACGAAUGUGUCACGAGAACAGAGAGAGAAAGUCAAACAAGGCUGGUGGAAAGAUUGGACCUUUGCAUGAAGCAGAUGCUUUAGGUCCCUGCUUUCUUGCCAAAGAGUUUUCACUGCCCAAGAAAAAGAGACAAAAGUGUACAGACAAAAGCUCAGGCACUUCGACUGCUGCCCAGCCAGACGGGCAACCGGUUGCUGUUAUAGAAGCAGAGGAGAAGGAGGAGCAGACACAGAAUAAAAUUGAUGGUUUACCUCUCCUCACUGGGCCCUCCAAAGUCAAACAUGAAUAUGUGAUUGCUGAGUAUGUGGAACUUCCUGUUGAGACAUCCAGCCAACACAACAACAGAGAAGUGUCUUCAGAGGGGACCACUCCUCCAAAGUUAGUGCUGAAGAAGGUCCCUAAGAGGAGUCUUAAACAGUCCAGUGACCAAACUCCUCCUUGCCUGUCCACUUUGUCUUCCUUUGAGGAUAACAGCAAGGUCACACAGUACACCUUUGAAAUUGUGGACAAGCAAGCCCUAUUAGACGAAAGCAACACUGAACUGGAGUCAGUUGAAACUCUUCAAGGAGAACCAGCAAAGCCAGCAGCCAGCAGCACAAACUACGAUGAUGCCAUGCAGUUUCUCAAGAAGAAACGUUACCUUCACGCUGCAGCUGCCAGCAACAGUCGGGAUUACAGUCUGAACACAAGCAGCAUUUCUUCUCAGCCACCUGUUACACAAACUGUGGUGUCGACCGUCAUUGACGAAACUGUCCCUACCACCAUUCUGGAGCCCCAGCCAAUCAACACAGAGAUCAAGGCAGCUCAUGACAAGAAUGUGCUGCCAGAUGAGGUUCUUCAGACACUGCUGGACCAUUACUCCAACAAAGCUAAUGGGCAGUCAGACAUUUCUUUUACUGUGGCUGACACAGAAGUGACAUCAAGCAUAUCCAUUAACUCCUCUGAUGUUUCGGACAACAGCCCCAUGGAGAAUCUCGGGGCCUCUAGCGGUCCAGCUCAGCCAGCUACUGAGAAGGUCAGCCUAUUGCAAGAAUACUCCAAGUUUCUCCAGCAAGCACUGGAGCGGACGAGUCAGAACGACAGCUACCUGACCAGCCAGAGCCUUAGCUUGGUCUCUGAGAACCCAACGUUAGCUGGACAGCCUCUGUUCUCAACUGAGAAACAGUUUCCUUCCCCCAGCAGGUUCAAAUCAGGGAUGAGCUCUCCACUGAGGUCCACUUUAGACAAACCUCACUUUGGAUUACUGGUUGGGGACUCCCAGCACUCGUUUUCAUUUUCAGGUGAUGAGGCCACCCCUCCCUCCGCAGUGUCCCCAGCUGAGGAGGACUUUCUGGAGCAGGUCUCGCCCUCCAAGAAGACAGACUCCUCACAGGGAAUACUGCAGACUUUUCAAAUAAGCUCCUUUGAUCAGAACUACAAAUCUAAUUUCCAGACAUCAAGAUCUGGAUCCUCGUCACAGUUUACUGUUGCCAACGGACAAGUAAGUCUUCGAGGACACGGCACAGACUUCUCCGAGUUCCCCUUGGUCAGAGUAAUUGAGACCAGGUCUCAACUGAACUCCGCCCCAGAUGUUUCAUCCAGUGAAACCUUUGGCUAAGAGGAAGAGAGGUGAAUUCAUUUCUGUUGAUAAUGUCAGCUGCACUUUAUCUUAUGUCUCCUGUUUUGUCAAAAGUAGUCUCACUGCAUGUGUGUACUCUUAAGCAUUUUUGUUGGAAAACAUUUUUUUUUUCCCCCAAUAAUUCACUUUCACAAAAUGGGAAUAAGGAAAACUGAUGAACCCUAAUUAGCAAAUUGUAAUUGUGCAUGUGUAAAGUUCCUGCUCAAUCAAAACAUUAAGCGACCAAAGUGUAAAGAGAGAGUGAGUUGUUCUCUCAUUCCAUUGCCUAUGAGUUUAUUUCGAAUGUUGUCAGUUUGCACCUGCACAAAAGAUGAUCACAUGUCUGACAAGUCCCAACUCUUUGCUGCUUAAUGCAGUAUUUCCACUUAUUAAACUGUAGGCCUUAGAUAUAUAUAUAUAUAUUUAUAUAUACACACACACAUCUCACUGCAGCUACCUCCCCUUGCUGUUUAUCUGGUUAAGUUCACUCCUAGAUUCUCUUUAUUUCAGCUGUGUAACUCCUGAUAAAUUGCUUAGUGAAAUGAAACCAUGAUGAGAUAACAAAUUCUUCACUUUAUGUUGUAGCUUCUUUAAUGCCACACCUGUAGUGUGUGUUUCUACCAGAUACGAGUCAUGAAUGCUACGGCAAAGAUUGAACUGAUUGUAUUCAUCUGACCUGGGAUCUAGUUCAUUUUCAAGGCACUGAUUUUAUAAAUGUGACUUUGUAGGGUAGUCUGUUUAAUAAAAAGGCAAAGAUGCAUUAGAUUUAAAAGUUCUUCUCUCCCCAAACAGCUGCGUGCACGUAAUGGCCGCAGGAUAAUUUUUAUCUUCUUUUACUAGUAUUAGUGAGUUGUAGUGAAAUUACUUAACAUGAUUGUGCUUAAUGUUUGCACAAAUUGCACAUCGUUUAAUACAGGAGUGGUGUAGUACUUAUUUUCCCAGUGGAGGAAUUGUAAAAAUACCUUCACUUUAAAGGCAACUUUUUUUAAAAAUGUGCUUUUUGACACCGACCACUUAGUGAAAAAUCAUGUCAGACUUGGGUGAUGCUCUUUGCUUUAGUCACUUACAUGUGAUGAUGCAUCUCUCGUAGUUGCUGUUUUAUAGUGCUUUGAUUGUUGUCCUUUUAACGGUGUAUCGGUUUGGGGGGAACAGCAAUGUGAUGCGAAUGGUAAAUGGUCUUAUACUUGUAUAGCGCCUUUUUAUGCUUUACAGCACACUCAAAGCGCUUUUAAAUUAUUC